CACCAUCAUGGCGGACGCUCACGCGCACGGCGGCGGUAACCUGGUCCCGGUGCUGCUUUCCUUCUCCGUGUUUUCGCGACUCUCCGCCGUUCCCGCCGGCUCGGGCUAUGAAGUGCUUAUCCAGAAGUUUCUCGCCAUUUACGGCGCGCAGAUCGACGUGCACCGCAAAUUCCUCAUGCAGCUGUUCUCGGAGGAGUGGGGUCAGUACAUCGACCUGCCCAAGGGCUUCACCAUCUCCGAGAAGUGCAGGCUCCGGCUGGUGCCCCUGCAGACAGACAUCACAGCGCUGGGCAACCUCUCCCCAGCCACCACCGUCUUCUUCUGCUGUGACAUGCAGGAGCGCUUCAGGCCCGCCAUCAAGUACUUCGGUGACAUCAUCAGCGUUGGCCAGAGGCUGCUCCAAGGGGCUCGUAUUCUAGGCAUCCCUGUCAUCGUGUCGGAGCAGUACCCGAAAGGCCUGGGCAGCACGGUGCAGGAGAUGGACCUGACAGGAGCCAAGAUGGUCUUUCCUAAAACCAAGUUCUCCAUGGUGCUUCCGGAGGUGGAAGCCACCCUGGCUGAGAUUCCAGGAGCCCGUAGCAUUGUCCUCUUUGGAGUUGAGACUCACGUGUGCAUACAGCAGACGGCCCUGGACCUGAUCGGGAGGGGUUUUGAAGUGCACAUUGUAGCUGACGCAACAUCCUCCAGAAGCAUGAUGGACAGAAUGUUUGCACUAGAGCGCCUUGCACGCACCGGAAUCAUCGUCACCACCAGCGAGUCUGUCCUGCUGCAGCUCGUAGCCGACAAAGAGCAUCCCAAAUUCAAAGAGGUCCAGAAUAUCAUUAAGGCCAGCGCCCCUGAGUCCGGCCUGCUGUCCAAGGUGUGAGGAGGUCCAGGCAGUGAAACGUGAGACGCUUGUCUGACUUGCUGCAGUCUUUAUAUUUUGCCCAACAUCUCUUACAGGUUCUGCAAAAAGUUCUUCAGAUUUGAUGGAUGUUUUCAAAUAUUAGUUCAUUCACGUGUUUCAAAUCGUACCAACUUUGUUAACAGGUUAAAACUGUAGUGUUUUAAGGUGGUGGCGGAUUUAGCUGACGUUUACUUUUAGAUGUCUGUUUGCUUGGCAACAAACUGGAUAACUUGCCUAAGGCCACACAAAGGUAUUGUUUAAUGGAUGUCUCACUUUUUAAAUUGAAACUAUGCUAUAAAUGUUGGAAGAGGGAAUUAAGGGAAUUAGUUCUUUCAACAGAAAUAUUGUCCUGUGUAUCACUAUGGACACCACUGGAACUGCAGAUGGAGCACAAAACACCCCCCACCCCCCACCCACCCCCAAAAUGCCCCAAAUCCCAGUUUCAUUCAUCUAGAAUCUAUUAAACAGGUAUUUUAAUUUGCAUGGUCCAGUAGUUUAAUGGUUACGAAGUUAAUAGCAAUCAUAAACCAUGCUGAAUGUGCAGUAAAAAGUUAAAACGUGAAGACUAUUGUGACCUUAGUGAAUGAAGUGGUGGUAGAAUUGGCGGAUUAAUGAACUGCAGAAGCAUGAGGAGUUCUACCGCUUUAGUUUGUGAGCUGAAUUUGUACGAAAAACCUAUAGGGCGACACUUGUAGUAUGGGUAGUACUGUAUUUCUGUGGCGUAUUGCUUAAAUAGGGCUACGUAAAGAAAUGUGUAACGUCCCAUGUUUGAUGUGAUGUGAAAACCCAAGGUCCCCAAGUCUGGAAUAGUUUAAAAUUCAUUUGUCAUUUCCCCUUAAAAUUUUACCAACCACUUGUUCAGCUGUUUGCUUUAUUUAUUGAGGAGCCUACGUGCUCAGCUGUUACGGUUACAUUAAAAUCCUAGACAGAGAAGUUAGAGAUGGCAUCAAAAGCAGACUGCCUCUCAUUUCAUUAAUUUCUUCAUUUGGUUAAACUCCUGAAAAUGUUACAAGCCAUUAAAUAACACCCUUAAAGUUAUGUGCAUGUUUGUGAAGGCAUGAGAAUGUCGUAAGUAUUAAAAAUGUACAGACUAUUGAAACUGAAGUUAGUUUGAGCCAUAAUUGAAAACAUUUCUGUUACAUAAUUUUGGGUCAGGCUUAACCCUUAGAAGUCGGGAGUUAUUACUUUUGUUUUGAUGCACUAUUUAAAUGUAAUUACAUAAUAACAUUGAAUUAUAUGGUUAUUAUUUGAGUUACACACUGAAUUUACUCUAAUGAUCUUAGAGCUGCACCAGUAUCAGAUUUGUGGGUUGAAGCCACUCUUCGACAUUUUUCAUGUACAUAUCUGCCAAUGUGGAUACAUAAACAUUUAUAUUGAAAUUGGGACUACAUGUACCUUCUUUAGCAUUAUAGAGGAAUAACUUUAGUUUCUAUAGGGUUACAAAAGCAAUAAAAUUAAUAAAAUGCAGACAUUGUAGCACAGUAGCCUAGUGUCACCUAAACGUUCUGAGUACAAUAAAUACAUCGUCAAAUAUCUGUUUGAAAUAUCGGUCAGAUCUAAACAUCUCUCCACUGCCGCUGAUUAUUUAAUAAGCAGAUAUCGGCGGAUACCAAUAUGAUUGUCAUAUUUUUUUUUAUUUUCAGUAUGAAUGAGUUUGAGCCUUUACUGCCCUUUUGCUUUCUGUUUUAAUGUUGAGAUGACAAGAAAAGCAAAAAUGUAAUGCGGUAUGAAAGCUUAGAAUCUGUACUUCCAACAGAAUAUCUCCAUUUAUUCAGUGAGCUGCUAGUGAGAAACUGAGCUGCUCUAUGUUUUUGUCAUUGCUGCCGAUAACCAUGACCUCUAAGGGUUAAUGUUUUAGUUAAUUGAAUCAAGGCUGAAAAAUCACCCAGCGUCAUGUACUUCAAGUUACUGGUCACAUUUAUUAUAAUUUUUUUGUUGCUGUUUCUGUUGUGUGUGUUUGAAAGUCCUCCUGUAGGUUUAUUUUGUGGUCUUUUUCCUGUGUUCUGUGUUUUCUGAUUGAGUUCAUGCACAAAACCCCUAAAUGGCACUAAAGCUACAUCGUCCUUUAAGUCUGAAAGGGCUGAAGGGUCUGUAUGUUCACUUCCCAGCGUCUGAUCCAGCUUUGCUCUCUGGCAUUUACUGUUUGUGUAUGUUUGUUACAUCUUUUAAAGGUCUGGAUACAAACAUCACCCAUUAAUGUCAUACAUCUAAAUAACAUGCAAAGUCACACGCUCUCAUGUAAUAUCUCUGAGUUUCUGCAACUACAGGCAGUUUCAGGCCCUAUGAGUGAAAGGUGGGGGAAAACAUCACUUGUUGCUUUUUCAGUCAUAGAUGACAUGGCAGUCCUGUGAUUUUGACUUAAGUAGAUAUCAUGCUUUUAUCAUGCUUUUAUAUGGAUGUUGUAUUUGGAGCAAAUCUUGGUGGUUUAAUCCAUUAUUUGUGUCGCUGUCCAUUUCACUUGUCUUGGGGUGUACUGUCUGUUUGGAAGUUUGGACACACUUGAUAAUUUCCUUUCAUUUAAAGAAUUAAUUGUAUUUAUUUUGAAGGAAAGUGUGAGUGACAGUUCAGCAAACAACUUUUCAACAUUUUCAUUCAUAAAUGAUUGGUAUAUCGAAGUAAAUAUCUAAUGUAAUGUGUUUAUUCUUUGUCAUUACUGUCAUAUUUUGUUUUUCUUGUUUAACAAUCGAUGGCAGCACAUCUCAAAUGUGACAGUGUAGUAAAUAACACAUAGUAAAAAACUGGAAAUGACUACAGUGAAUUAAAAUAAGCCACAGCAAAGGUAAUCUGGAAGGAAGUUUUGAGUAUCUGAUGAGGAGUAGCACAAAUGAUGAUGAUUUUUAUUAUUAUUGUUAAUAUUAUUAUUAUUAUUAUAAUUAUUGACAGUAUGUACUGGUGUAAAAUUAGGCCUGUAAAAAGUGCCUGUAGUUCCGCAGACAACCUUCUACUUUACCCCAUUAAAGACAGUAAGCAUGUGGAUCAAAUCGGAAUGAUGCAGAUAUAAUUCCUGUUCGUCUCAUUACAUUUUUUUGUUUUGUUUUGUUUUUCCAUUUUAACGACAUGUCAUCGCUAAACCACUGACGGAUGGACUCAUUGUGUCUAAAGUGUAUCCAGACCCAAAGUAAGAGUGCAAGUGUAAACCUCCUCCAGCUGAUGGUGUGUAUACGUGUGUAAGCAGAAAGAUUAUAUACAGUGCCUAUUUAUGAACAGUCCAAACUGAUUGUACCUCUCGCAUAUAGCCUACUUCUUGAUGUGACAAAAUAGAUUUGUGCACUUUGGUAACAUAACUAUAUAAGAACACCUUCAUUUUUGUAACAGCUUACAUACAGUAUGGAAUAAAUGUUUAUAUUAUGCACUAUGAUA